UGAGACGCAGUUACCGGACAUAGUCGGUGGUCCAGAUUUUGAUAAAGUAAGUCACAUUGAGACAGCGGUGCCGCAGUCAUCGUGUCGUCGGUGAGGUUGGAAGGCGAAGUGCUCGCGCGGGAUGAUUGGUGAGGUGUUCCACUGACCGCGCCCUCAUUUCGCUCCCAUAACCGCUACCGGGAGAACGCGCAUAGAGCGGCAGAGCUGCUGUGGUGUUUCAUGCAGGUGGAGCGGCUUGACGCGCUCACACAGCCGUCGUCUGUACGGCAGUGAAAGGGGAGGGCAAACGCCGCAUUUCGCGUCUCUGGACUAUACAAAAGACAAACGAACAAUUUCCAGUGAGAAGUGAGGAUAAAGCGCGCUCACUUUCAGCCACGAACACAGAAAUCCAUAUAGGAUGAACAUGAGGGUGACUGAUCAUCAAGAGAGCCCUUUACAUACGUUGAGGAUUCCUGGUGGUGACGUCUUGCUGGUGGAAUGCAGAUGCACUGCUUUUAUAGGAGCUGAGGUUUGCUGGGGAAAGAAAUCAUGUAUUUGACCUACUACCCACAAAACGAAAAAUACAACAGCAGUUAUCCUACUUUCACCAGAGGGUGAGAUGCAUAAAUCGGUCUUUUACCAUGUCGAGUCAACUAGAUUUUUAGGGCAGUUUUAGAUUUCAAAGCACUAAGUACCGUGUGAGUUUUUUUUUUUUUUCUACACGGUCUUUUAGAAGUGUUCCUCAAUGGAGCUACUCAGAAGAGAAUCAAGAUGGAGAAUCAAGUGAAAAGGAACUCUUAAAUAUUAGGGGGGUUUUUAGAAAACUGGGACCUUGCUAUUUCUGCAGCGCUAUUUUGGAAAAGGCCAGAUAAAUUAAUACGCUAGACUGGGAAUAAAUCUCUCCUCUGCAGUGGAUUAAGAGAAACGGAACAUUAGAAAAGGAGGAUUAGGAGCACGCUUGGAAGAUGAUGACGCGGAAGUGGAGGUGCAGCGCGAAGUUCUCGCAGGCCUCCGUUUUGUUCGGGCUCAUAGUGGCUAUCGCAGUCACCACGGCUCUGGAGUUCGACGGUCUGCCGGGUCAGUGGGUUCGCUACGGACCCUGGGAGGCGGGAGCCACCGGAGAGCUGAGCUUCACUAUGAAGACGAACAUCAGCAAAGCUGUGGUGCUGUACCUGGACGACGGCGGCAACUGCGACUUCCUGGAGCUCCUGAUUAACGACGGCCGUCUGCAGUUGCGCUUCGCCAUCCACUGCGGCGAGCCGGCCUCGUUGCACAUGGAGACGCAUGUCAACGACGAACGCUGGCAUCGCGUGCUACUCACGAGGAAUUACCGUGAGACCAUGCUGGCGAUGGACGGGGAGAGCAAAGUGGCGGAGGUGAAGUCCAAGCGAAGGGAAAUGAUGGUGGCCAGCGACUUAUACGUGGGCGGGAUCCCACCAGACGUGCGUCUCUCGGCCCUCACGUCUAGCACGGUCAAAUAUGAGCCGCCUUUCCGGGGCCUGAUCGCCAACUUGAAGUUAGGAGAGACUCCUCCUGCUCUCCUGGACAGUCAAGGCGUGAAGAACGAUCUGGAAUACCUGUGUACCAAACAAAACCCCUGCAGCAACGGAGGACGCUGCUCCAUUCAUGACAGCGAGGUGCUGUGCGAUUGCUCCAAUACCGGCUACAAAGGGAAAUACUGCACUGAAGCUCUCCAGCAAGUUUUAGGAGGUCUGGCGCACCUGACGUUAAAGAGCCAAGCCCCAGGAGCAGCUCCUCUGAUGGCCACUCCUGCAGCAGGUGAUCCAGAAUCAGGCCAAGUGGAGUCAGUGGCCACGUUCAAGGGUAAUGAGUUCUUCAGCUACGACCUGUCCCAAAAGCCCAUCCAGAGCAGCACAGACGAAAUCACCCUGUCCUUCCGAACGCUGCAGCGAAACGGCCUCCUGCUCCACACUGGCAAGUCUGCCGACUAUGUCAACCUGUCUCUGAAAAGUGGGGCCGUGUGUCUGGUCAUCAACCUGGGCUCCGGUGCCUUCGAGGCUCUGGUGGAGCCGUCCGACGGCAAGUUCAACGACAACGCCUGGCACGCGGUCCGCGUGUCCCGCAACCUACGUCAGCGCGCAGGGGUUGGACUCCCUACGGUAAACAAACUGCAUUAUAUGGUGACAAUAUCGGUGGACGGCCUGCUGACAACCACCGGCUACACCCAGGAGGAUUACACCAUGCUGGGUUCAGAUGAUUUCUUCUAUGUGGGCGGCAGUCCAAACACCGCGGAUCUGCCCGGCUCCCCUGUGAGCAACAACUUCAUGGGCUGCCUUAAAGAUGUGGUCUACACCAAUAACGAGUUCAGACUGGAGCUCUCCCGCCUGGCUGAAUUGCGCGACCCCAAGGUCACCCUCCACGGCGACCUGACCUUCCGCUGUGAGGAUGUCGCCGCGUUAGACCCCGUCAGUUUCGACAUGCCGACCGCUUACGUAACCCUUCCACGCUGGAACGCCAAGAAAACCGGUUCCGUGUCCUUCGACUUCCGAACCACCGAACCCAACGGCCUUCUGCUGUUCAGUCACGGGCGGCCACAGGGUUCCAAAGACCACAGACCGAAGGUGGACUUCUUUGCCAUGGAGCUGCUUGAAGGUUUCCUGUACCUGCUCAUGGACAUGGGCUCCGGGAGCAUCAAGAUGAAAGUCGGGAACAAAAAGGUCAAUGACGGAGAAUGGUGUCAUGUGGAUUUCCAGAGAGAGGGCAGGAAAGGCUCCAUCUCCGUUAACGGCCGCAGCAUGCCCUUCUCUACCAACGAGGGCAGUGAGAUUCUGGAUCUCGAUGGUGAAAUGUAUCUGGGGGGUCUGCCGGAGGACAGCGGUGGUCUUCCUCUCCCCCCAGAGGUGUGGACCGCCCGCCUCAGGCUGGGCUUUGUGGGUUGCGUGCGGGAUCUCUUUAUAGAUGGGCGCAGCAAGGACCUGCGGCGUUUGGCGGAGCUUCAGAGCUCUCCGGGUGUCAGCAGCUUCUGUACGAGAGAGACCCAUAGGAGGUGCAGCUCUGAGCCCUGCGCCCACGGAGGCCGCUGCCGUGAGGGCUGGAAUCGACACGUCUGCGACUGCACUGGAACUGGAUAUCUGGGCCCCAACUGUGAGAUGGAGUCUGCAGUGUUGAGUUAUGACGGCAGCAUGUUUCUGAAGGUCCUGAUGCCUCACGCGGUUCAUACCGAGGCUGAGGACGUGUCUCUGCGCUUUAUGUCGCAGAGGGCUUACGGUCUGCUCAUGGCCACCACCUCCAAAGAGUCCGCCGACACCCUGCGCCUGGAGCUGGACGGGGGAAGAGUCAGACUUACCGUCAACCUAGAUUGUAUCGGGAUAGACUGUAACCUUAGUAAAGGACCGGAGACUCUAUUCGCAGGGCAUAAGCUGAAUGACAAUGAGUGGCACUCUGUGAAGGUGGUGCGCCGUGGGAAGAGCCUGCAGCUCUCUGUUGACAAUGUGACCGUGGAGGGCCAGAUGAGCGGAGCACACACGCAGCUGGAGUUCCACCACAUAGAGACGGGCAUCAUGACCGAGCGGCGCUUUAUCUCAGUCAUGCCUUCCAACUUCAUCGGCCACCUGCAGGGCCUCUCUUUCAACGGCAUGCCGUACCUAGACCAGUGCAAGAACGGUGACAUCUCCUACUGCGAGCUCAACGCCCGCUUCGGCAUGCGCCGCAUCGUGGCGGAUCCCGUCAGCUUCCGAAAUCGAGCCAGCUAUGUGGCGCUGUCCACCCUGCAGGCCUACGCCUCCAUGCACCUCUUCUUCCAGUUCAAGACCACCAGCCCAGACGGUCUGAUGCUGUUUAACUCUGGAGACGGCAGUGACUUCAUAGUGAUCGAGCUUGUGAAGGGGUACAUCCAUUAUGUUUUUGACUUGGGCAAUGGGCCGUCGCUCAUGAAGGGCAACUCCGACAAGCCGCUCAAUGACAACCAGUGGCACAACGUGAUGGUGUCCCGCGAUGACAGCAACGUGCACACGCUCAAGAUCGACUCCCGCACGGUCACGCAGCACUCCAAUGGAGCCCGCAACCUGGACCUCAAAGGAGAGCUGUACAUUGGAGGUGUUGGGAAGAGCAUGUACAACAGUCUGCCCAAGCUCAUAGCAUCGCGGGAUGGCUAUCAGGGCUGCCUGGCCUCAGUUGACCUGAAUGGCAGGCUUCCUGACCUGAUCGCAGAUGCUCUGCACCGUGUGGGCCAAGUGGAGCGAGGCUGUGAAGCUGGCCCUGGGACAACCUGCACGGAGGACUCAUGCUCCAAUCAGGGAGUGUGCCUGCAGCAGUGGGAGGGGUUUACCUGCGACUGCACCAUGACGACAUACGGCGGUCCCCUCUGCAGUGACCCUGGGACCACAUAUAUUUUCGGGAGAGGAGGAGCGCUCAUCACGUAUACCUGGGCCCCCAAUGAUAGGCCAAGCACCAGGGCGGACCGUUUGGCCGUGGGCUUCAGCACCCAGCAGAGUGAUGCCAUCCUGGUGCAGGUGGAGAGCAGCCAGGGCCUCGGAGACUACCUACAGUUGCACAUUGAACAAGGGAAGGUCGGUGUGAUCUUCAAUGUGGGCACAGAUGACAUCACCAUAGAUGAACCUGCGGUCACCGUGAACGACGGCAAGUACCACGUGGUUCGCUUUACGCGUAGCGGUGGCAACGCCACCCUCCAAGUGGACAACCAGCCCGUCAUCGAGCGCUUCCCAUCAGGGAACAUUGAUAAUGAACGGCUUGCUAUAGCCAGGCAAAGAAUUCCAUACAGACUUGGUCGGGUAGUUGACGAGUGGCUACUCGACAAAGGUCGGCAGUUGACUAUCUUCAACAGCCAGGCGGCCAUAAAGGUCGGAGGUCAGGAUAAGGGAAGGCCGUUCCAGGGCCAAAUCUCUGGCUUGUACUACAACGGGCUUCAAGUGCUAAAACUGGCCGCUGAGGGCGAUCCGAACGUGCAGGUGACAGGAAACUUGCGUUUGGUUGGAGACGCACCCUCCGUCUUGUCUACGGAGACCACUUCAGCCACCCCUCCGGCUGCUGCGGACAUGUCCACCACCAUAAUGGAGACCACCACCACCAUGGCCACUACCACCACCCGCAGACAGCGCUCUCCCAGCCUGAAGGACAGUAUUACGCAGAACUCAGAUGACCUGCUGGUGGCGUCAGCCGAAUGUCCAAGCGAUGAUGAGGAUCUGGAGGAGUGUGAGCCCGGCACUGGAGGUGAACUUGUGUUGCCCAUAAUAACCGUGGACACCCAAGACCCCCUUCCCAUAGCCACUCGUUACCCCGCUAUCCCUGCCCCUCCCACAUCCCUGACCCCUCUCCAAACCACCAAAGAGUCCCUAGUCCUGUCCGACCCCCGUCCACCGUGUCCUCCGGACCAGGAGGACUGCGGCGACCCCAUGGAGGUGUCGGCCUUCGGCUCCGGAGAAAUGACGGAGUCCGAUGACGAGGACUUUUACAAAAACUCCCCCAUGGUCACAGACAGGACGGUCCUCCCGCCGCCCCCCGGCGUGGGCAAGAGCGGAGGCCAGAGCCCCGGUGACCACCGUCCCCCAGUCCCCGGCCCCACCACACACCCCAACCAGCUCCACAUCCCCGCAGGCAAAAUGAAUACCCGCGACCAGGUGCUCCUGCCGCCCGCCCCGUCCUCCCGUCACACUCCAGGGUUAACCUACCCGCCUGGUUUCCCCCAUGUACCCACAGCUCACCCCACCGACCUGAUGGACAAGGGCCGCCCGGGCGCCGUGGAGGUAAUCAGGGAGUCCAGCAGCACCACAGGCAUGGUGGUGGGCAUCGUGGCGGCGGCCGCCCUCUGCAUCCUCAUCCUCCUUUACGCCAUGUACAAGUACCGCAACCGAGACGAAGGCUCUUAUCAGGUGGACCAGAGCCGCAAUUCGGGAUCCGAAAGCAACGGCGCCGUGGUCAAAGAGAAGACGCCGAGCACGACCGCCGCCGUGGCGAAGACGACCACCAAGGGCAAGAAGAAUAAAGACAAGGAGUAUUACGUCUGAGAGAGACCGAGGAGGAGGUUCACAGACAGGAAGUGUGCUGAGGAUUUUAAAACUUCAAAUCACCUCCUCUGCAUCCUCAAACAUUUAAGCCACACAAUCUUCUGUUUACUUCUCCAAAACGUUUUUCUGCCACCGAAAGAUACGAACGUAGGGAAUGAGGAGGAAGGAACACUGACCGAUUGACUCCUCCUUUCGUUGCUGUCUUGCGAAGCCAUUGUUGUAUGUAAUUUUAUCUCAAUCAUGUCUAAAGAAAAUCUUCCAUUACAUUCCAAAUGAUGUAAUGCCCUCUUUGCGAUUAAAAAUUUAUGUUUCGCCUGGUCCGGGCCUCCACGGGAGAGUAACGAAACACCAUGGACAGGGAGAGAAAACUCGCCGGUUUAACAGAUGUCUCCACGCACGAGCUUUUGGUGCUAUUCCUGAACGUUUGGUUAAUAUUAUCUUCACAGAGCUAUGAAAUUGAGAUCGUUCUCUGGCCCUCGUUGUAAUAAUUCAUGAAGAACAGAAGCGAUUGUGUUAGUUAUUAGCACGAGACAAGCAGAUGCUCCCAUCAGCUCUUGUGGAGAUGUUAAAUCUGACACCUUUUUCGAAGGGAAAAACGUGUUCGCUUGGCAAAGCGGCGGAUAACAUCGCAUCUUCCGUUUCGUUCUCUGAUUGAGCCGAAGAGUUUGAAUUCAUUUCCACUCUGGUAUCCUUUGUCAGUGUAGAAUUAGGAUUCUGUCUCUGCCUUGAAACACAUGAAUCUAAUUCUUUCUUUCUUGUUUAUCCGCCAUGGUUUCAUAAACACGUUCUCGCUUAGAAUGGCAGAUCAGACAGCGAAGCCUGCUUUGACAGCAACACCUCCACUGGCAGGUGUAGAAGGUUGUUAGAACUCUCUCUCACCCUCUCUUUCUCUCUCUCUCUCUCUCUCUCCAUGGUGAUCUGUUAGGCUACUAAUUGUGUUCCAUGCAUGAUGUAUUCACAUUCAGCUUUCCAUGAGAGUUUUUUGAUAUGAAAUACAUAAAGUUGAUAACUCUCAUCUCACCCGGAGGGUUUCAUAGCACCAUGGGCGAGCACAACGCGGACAAGAGAUCUCAGAAAUCGGGACUGUCCUGAACUGAACAUCAGCUUGGACAAAAGAUGUUGUAUCUAUGUAAAUAGAGGACAUUGCUGAAAACAUCAGGAGACAGGUUUGUGUGUGUCGUGCAUACGGUGCGUAUGCGUAUGUGCGUGUGCGCUUGUGUGUGUGUGAGUGUUUGUCCUCGUUCGUCCUCCGGCAUGAGAAAGAUAUACGCAAGACUACGAGAACUCUUUCUCUUGCCUCCUAUAUUCUCUAUGGUGUGAAACUACAGCCCAAUACCCAUCCGAAUGAGACUACAGACAGUGAAACAAACAGGAUAAAGAGAACGGAGGCGAAAUCAUAUUUUGAGAACUGUGUGGCAUCUCUUCUAGGAGGGAAAAAGGAACUCGUUCUCAUCGGGAUGCCAGCUCACCACCUCCCAAACCUUAAAAGAAAGCGAAAAGGAGCGAACUGACGAGACUUUUAUGGAUAAAGCAGCACAACCUUGCGUCCAGACUUUUAUAUCUAAGGACACCUCCUGGAAAGGAGGAAAAGGGAAGGAAAAAAAAAAACACAGUAUACUGUCUAGAUAUUUCUCACAUUUGAAAAUAUGUUUUUCCUGAAUUGACAUUCCUUGUUAUUACAAAGAGGUUUUUUUGUUUAGUCCUUUCUCUGCAAAUGAAAAAAAAAAUGUUAUUCACAAUAGAUAUUACUUCAGUUACACGAAGUGAUUUUCAAAUGUGAAAUUUGGGGGGGGAGGGGGGAAAUAAUGAUGUUUUGGGAUUUUAUUGAAUUUGGUAAAAAGAAAAAAAGAAAAAAAUGAAGCAUUACGCCUAGCCAUACCUCCAUUUUACAUUUGGGUUUUUUUUUUGUUACGUCAUUGACAGGGCUUUUUUUCUGUUUGUGUUUUUGUUUUGUUUGUUCUUUUAAGAUAUAAUUGUCAUUUACCUAUGCUGGUCAAAGUAUAUUCCCGUUCUUAAUGUAAUUGUAAAGUGUUACUGUGAGAUGAAAUCUAAAUAUGUGUACAUUGACAGAGGGAAAAAUACACUUGGUUCUAUACUUCGUA